UAUACCUUCUUUGAUACGCCCUAAUUUGCCGGUGCAUUCGAUGUAAACAAACGCUCGACUUCAACACAACCGCCAUUUUCGAAAGCGCUUGCGUAGCGCCCAGACGCAGCUAGCCGAUAGGCGAACAUUUGCGGGACUUGCGAAAUUAGUGUGGCAGCCAUGGCAACGCAUUGUAAACACAGACGGGAGUUUGCACACACAGUAUGGAUUCGUCUAACAGUAGCACAUCCGGAAGGUCCUUCCAAGAGGAGGCCCAACCAUCUCCAAAGCGGAAGAGAGCGACACGGGGCAGAGGAAGGGGAAGGGGAAGAGGACGAGGAAGAGGAGGCAGGCAAGCAAGUGUGAGCCAAACAGCACAGGCUGUCCAAGAUGCCCACACACAGCGAGAAGCAAGGCAGAAAUUGCUAGAGGACCACCUGGAGAGCAUGUCCAUGGCAGAAUCGAGGGCCUUACUGCUAACUUUAGCACGUAAGCAUCCUGAGAUUCUGCUGUGGACAUGCAACCUCCACACACCUGCGCCGGGUGGACAUCACCCGACACCAUCCGGGGAUGCUCCUUCAUGGUGCAGGUGUGGCAGCUGCCGAGAAAUGCCCACAGAAGUGGAGCGGUGUUGCUGCGGGCAUCAGCCGGAUGAGUGUUUGUCGAGAGAAGAUCGUUUGUGUGGAAUGGUACUCGACCCCGUCUAUUUAGCGGCGUUUGAGCUCUACCGCAGUGAUGUGCUUGGGGGAUAUGAAUCGGAUCCGGAUGAUCCAUUGAAGCCGAAGCGGCACGCUGCAUAUCGGCUGUACACUUUACUUCAGCAUGGAGUACUCGGCCGAUCAAUGCGCCGAGUAAUUCCAUCAUGCUGCGUGUGGAGCGUGAGGGAUCGAUAUCCGAACCCUCACGGGGUCUACACCGGCUUUAAAGCAGACCGGUUAGCUUAGCUAUUUUGUUGUACCUGUAUUACGAGAUUUUUGCCAAAAAAUAUAGCAAACUAUACUCUCACCUCACAGCGGAUAUAUCGGUAUACGGCAGGAGUAGGUAAUAAGGAAGGAGUGUGACAUCAAUAAACAAGGGAAAUUCGUCAUUUACUAGCCUUAUAAUACCUA